ACUUAAAUCGUCUGUAUGUACGAUUUGAUCGACGCCAUAGCAGCUUCGGUUGUUCAUCCCUCCUGCAGAACACGCGUCAUCUCUCCGCCGGCGGCUACCGACUAUGAAGAAGACGUUGCUUUCGUGGUUGCGAGCUUGAUUUAUUAUUAUUAUUUUUGGAUGUCCCGAAAAGGAGGCUCCAAGAAGCCGCAGCAUUCUUCUCCUCCAGAUUCCGAUGGCAUGUUCCAGGGCAUGGUCGUCUUCUUGCUCCCCAAGGGCGUCCAACUCCGAAGGCUUCAGGUAUGGAGGCAGAAGCUGACCCAAAUGGGAGCUGUGGUUGGUGAUAAUCUUUCUAAGAAAGUAACCCAUAUCUUUGCUACCAACUAUGACAUGUUUCUACAACAAUUGAGCCCGGAAAAGUUGUCUCAAUUUAAAGGAUGUUUACUGUGCUAUCAAUGGUUGGAGAACUGUCUAAAAUUAGGAGAAAAAAUAGCUGAAGAGCCAUAUGUGAUGACAUUUGAGAGAGGUGGAUCAGCAAAGCGCUCUUGCAUAAUAUCUCCUGAACCAUCUGAAACAAGGCAUUCUGAUGAUGAAUCACUAAGCCACAAAAGAUGCACAGUUUCAUUUAAGAAGCCAAAGUGUGGGGAAGGAACAAGCAAAAAAGAAAAAGAUUUGGCUGAGCAAGGAGACUCAGGUAAAACAAAAUAUGAAGCGUCAGGCAUUCAUGGAGUGGAUGGAUUAUUGGUGGGAAUGGGAGCUAGCCACAGUAGUAGCUUCCACAAUGACACACAAUCUGACUUUGACACUGAUGAUUCCGGAACACCAGAAAAUAAGGAGCUUAUGACGAAGAAGAUAAUAGUGAAGGACAUGAGUUUGAUAUGGGGGACGGAUAUUCGGAACGACGGAGCAGCAGGAGGAGCAGAUAGUGAUGAUGAUGCUUCUCAUCCGCAAUGUCCAUAUGAUCCACCUGAUCUGAAUAAGAACAUCACCGAAAUCUUUGGAAAGUUGAUAAACAUUUAUAGAGCACUAGGAGAUGAAAGAAGAUCAUUUAGCUACUACAAGGCCAUUCCUGUUAUUGAGAAAUUACCUUUCAGAAUUGAAAGUGUUGAUCAGGUGAAGAAUCUUCCUACAAUCGGGAAGUCAUUGCAAGAUCAUAUUCAUGAAAUAUUGUCUACUGGGAAAUUAUCUAAAUUGGAGCAUUUUGAGAAUGAUGAGAAGGUUAAAACAGUGAGUCUCUUUGGGGAAGUUUGGGGUAUAGGUCCUGUGACAGCUCUUAAAUUAUAUGAAAAGGGACAUCAUACACUUGAUGAUCUAAAACAAGAUGAUUCCUUGUCAACUGCCCAGAAGAUAGGUUUGAAGUAUUUUGAUGACAUCAAGAAAAGAAUUCCACGGCAUGAGGUUAAAGAUAUGGAGAUGCUUUUACAAAAAGCUGGUCAGGAACUUCUGCCUGGGAUGAUUAUUGUUUGUGGAGGAUCAUAUAGACGUGGGAAAGCAUCUUGUGGCGACUUAGACAUUGUAAUUACACAUCCUGAUGGUGAAAGCCAUGAAGGAUUCUUACUUAGGUAUGUUCAAUAUUUGAAGGACAUCAAAUUUUUGAGAGAAGACUUGGUGUUUAGCAUGAAUAGCACUGAGGGAACUGAUUCAGGGGUUGAUACAUAUUUUGGUCUUUGCACAUAUCCUGGCAGAGAAUUGCGACGUCGAAUUGAUCUGAAGGUAUAUCCAAGGGAUCGAUAUGCUUUUGGAUUAAUUGCAUGGACUGGGAAUGAUGUACUAAAUAGGAGGUUGAGGCUGUUAGCAGAAUCAAAAGGAUAUAGACUGGAUGACACUGGAUUGUACUUGGCAACUCAGGAUUCUUCUGGAAAAAGAGGGACGAAAUCCAACACCAGGGUAACUUGUUAUACAGAAAAGGAAGUUUUUGAUGUUCUUGGCUUUCCUUGGCUGGAACCUCAUGAGAGGAAUCUGUGAAUUUUCUCGUUGGGCUUUCUACAUGUACAAACUCUUUUGGGCAGGCUAUAUGUACUUUAUUGGACAUUUAUGGAAGGAUACCACAAAAAUAGUCUCCACUACUCUAUUUUGCCCUUCGGGAGUCUCCUUUUGGAUCUGGAUUAUCAUGUUGUUGGACUCAAUUAUGCAUAAUAUUCUUUGCUUUGUUAUUCUUGCAUAUAAACAUCCAGAAGAUACCAAUAAAAUGUAGUCAGUUUGUAGAUCAAAGUUGAGAAAACCUAUAUGAGCAAAGGUCAUGCAAUUGAGCAUUAAACCAAAAGAAACCAUGAGAAAAAAGAAUGUGUAGGCCCUUCAAAUGAUUAUCAAUCUAAUAUAAAGAGAUUGUGUGCU